AUGGAGAUCCAAUUCGGGGAAUCGAGGCUCCCAGGCUUCGUUCUCUUGCCCUUGGCAACAGUCUCGCUGGGCGUCGCCGGCCUCCUGCUUUGGAUGCUCUAUAAUGUCACCCUCCACCCCCUCAGCAAGUACCCCGGCCCCAAGCUUUGGGCUGCAACCCGCAUCCCCUAUGCCCUCAUGGUUUUCCGCGGUGACGAGCCCAAGACCAUCCUUGCUCUCCACAAGCGCUAUAAUGCCGACGUUGUCCGCGUCUCCCCCAACGAGCUCUCCUUCCAGCACCCUGGCGCGUGGAAGGACAUCAUGGGCCACCGCAGCGGUGGGUCGGAGGAGAACGAGAAGGACCCGGACAGACUUAACCCUGACAACAUCAAUAUUAUCACAGCCGGCCGCCACGAUCACGCCCGCUACCGGCGUGCCCUCUCCCAUGGCUUCUCUGCUAAAAGCAUGCAGGAGCAGCAGCCCCUUAUUAAGGACUAUGUUAACCUACUUAUUGAACGCCUCCGCGGACUCGCUGGUAAAGGCCCUAUUGAUAUGGUGGCGUGGUAUAACUUUACUACGUUUGAUGUUAUUGGCGACCUCUCCUUUGGCGAGUCCUUUGGUUGCCUUGCAAACUCUGAAUACCACCCCUGGAUCCGAUCCGUCUUCCAAAACGUUAAAUUGGUAACCCUACAGAACCUUGCCCGGAGCUUUCGGGCCCUUGAGCCACUAUUCACGAUGGUUUUAUCUAAGAGCCUUGUUGAGAAGGGCACGGCGCACUACGCCUUCGUCCGCGCAAAGGUCGACCAGCGGAUAGCGCUUGGUACGCCUCGGCCUGACUUUGCUGAGUCUAUGCUGAGAAAGGGAAGUGAAGUAAGUCCCAUGACCAAGGAUGAGAUAUACAAGACUACAGGCAUUCUUAUUAUUGCCGGCUCUGAAACAACUGCCACAGCGCUCUCUGGCGCCACCUACAACCUGGCUACCCACCCCAAAGUCUUUGCUCGCCUGUGUGAAGAGGUCCGCAGCAGCUUCGCAAGCGAGGACGAGAUUGACCUCCUAAGCACCGCCAAGCUCAGCUACCUCCACGCGGUCAUUGAGGAGACCUUGAGGGUCUACCCACCUAUCCCUGCUAGCUUAACGCGGCGGACGCCCCGAGGAGGGGCCAAUAUUCUUGGACAAUGGGUCCCGGGCGAUACAUCAGUCGGCAUUGUUCAAUGGGCCCUAUACCACAACGAAAAAUACUUCUCUCGGCCCUUUGAGUUCCACCCAGAGCGCUGGCUCGGCGACCCGGCUUUCGCCAGCGACAGCCUUGACGCCUUCAAACCUUUCCACAUAGGCCCCCGCAACUGCCUCGGCAUGAACCUCGCCUACGCUGAGAUGCGUAUGAUACUGGCCCGCAUCGUCUGGACAUUCGACCUGCGCCUCGACGAGGGGUCCCGCGGCUGGCUUGAAGACCAGUCCUGCUACACUGUCUGGACCAAGCCGCCGCUUAUGGUUCACCUGACGCCGAGGCAGUUGUAA